AUGUCGAGCAGUAAUGGGGAAGGAGCCUUCAAGCGGCCCCGGCCCGCCAGCCCGGGCAACGUCUUCCACACGCCGGAGAAGCGCGGCUCCGCCUGUCGUGACCCGGAUUCCUGCAGGUCCCACCCGCGGGACUGGGGCAUCGAGCAGGUGUGCAAUUUCCUGCGAAGCAGCGGCUUCGAAGACCCGGAGCUGCUGCGCUGCUUCCGAGAAAAAAAUAUUGCUGGUUCAUCUUUCCUUUACCUCACUGAAUCAGAACUUGAAGAAAUGGGAAUUGAGACCGGAGUGAGACAGAACCUGCUAAAUUGUCUGAGCAAACUGGUACAAAGGCAUGUUGACAUAAUGAAGGUAUUUAAUGACCCGAUUCAUGGUCACAUUGAAAUGCAUCCACUUCUUGUUCGGAUUAUUGACACACCUCAGUUUCAGCGUCUGAGAUACAUCAAACAAUUGGGUGGCUGUUACUACGUUUUCCCAGGAGCAUCGCACAACCGUUUUGAGCAUUCCCUUGGGGUCAGCUAUCUAGCAGGCCGUUUGAUCCGGGCACUGCAGAAGCGACAACCAGAGUUGGACAUCAACCAAAGGGAUAUUUUGUGCGUCCAGAUCGCUGGUCUUUGUCAUGAUUUGGGUCAUGGACCAUUUUCACACAUGUAUGAUAAAAGAUUCAUCCCUCGUGUUUGUUCAGGAACUGAAUGGAAGCAUGAAGUUGCUUCUGUUAAGAUGUUUGAAUACUUGAUUGAUUCCAAUGAUCUAAGACCAGUCCUGGAGUAUUAUGGUCUCAAGCUGGAUAAAGAUAUAGACUUUAUCAAAGAGCAGAUAGCAGGACCCAUUAAGACUGAAAACAACAGUAGUUCAUGGCCUUACCGUGGGCGACCUGAAGAAAAAGGCUUUCUUUAUGAGAUAGUGGCCAACAAAACAAGUGGCAUUGAUGUUGAUAAAUGGGAUUACUUUGCCAGGGAUUGUCACCAUCUUGGAUUCAAGAACACCUUUGAUUAUGUACGCUUCGUUAAAUUUGCUCGUGUCUGUGAAUUUGAGAAAAAGAAGCAUAUUUGUACCCGUGACAAGGAGGCUGGAAAUUUAUAUGACAUGUUCCACGCACGGAAUAGUCUACACCGCAGAGCCUACCAACAUAAAAUUAGCAACAUCAUUGAAACUAUGAUUACAGAUGCCUUUUUGAAAGCUAACCAAUAUAUCAGCAUAAAGGGCUCUGGAGGGAAAACGUACAAUAUCGCUACAGCACGAGAAGACAUGGAAGCCUACACUAAGCUAACAGAUGAGAUCUUCUUAAGGAUUCUUCAUUCUGAUCAGCCAGAGCUGAAAGAAGCACGGGAAAUUUUAUGUAAAAUAAAGCGGCGUGACCUGUAUAAGUACCUGGGACAGACUCAGCCCAAAGAGGACAUGGAAAUUACGAAGGAACGGAGUAGUAAGAUGGCUGAAGAAAUUGCCAAGUCCAAGCCCGAUACAUUAUCUUACAAAGCUGGAUUAAAGCCUGAAGACUUUAUUGUUGAUGUUAUCAACAUGGAUUAUGGAAUGAAAAAGAAGAACCCUGUCAAUUAUGUGCUUUUCUACUCCAAGUCUAACCACAACAAAGUGUUCAGAAUUCCUAAAGAACAUGUUUCAAAGCUUCUACCGGAAAAAUUUGAAGAGCAGCAAAUCAGGGUUUAUUGUAAGACAGCAGAUGAAGAUACUAUCUGUGAUGCUAAAAAAUAUUUCGUUCAGUGGUGUAUAGACAACAAUUUCACUGAACCACAGGAUGGUGAUAUUGUUGCCCCUGAACUUACACCAAUGAAACCAGACUGGAAUGUAGUCAAAGAUGAAGAAAAGGAUGGUUCAAAGACCAAUAGAAGACUUCUUUUUUGAUUGAUUCUGGUUUGCACAAUAAGAUUGUGUUACAAAAACAUGGAAACGUGGAAAGAAAAGCAGUAGUGGAAAAUGUCAGUCUUAGCUCAGAUGAGUUAAAAUUCUGUUUGUUGUAGAUUUCACAUGGACAUUUUGAUGACUGGCAAUGUUAUUAUUUUGUUAAUUUAAAUGUGUGCCGGUGAAGAAAGGUCUACUU